GUUCUUUCCAGUUCAUGAAGUAUCUUUCAGAUCUGCCUGUUGUUAAUUAGCCAUGGAAAUUUGCAACGUUUCAAAGAGGAACCCCUGGUGCCUUUACCUUUUGAGAUAAAGAAUUAAAGAUUAAAUUAGCAACACAUUAAAAAAAAUUCAUGAAUUAGUCCAGAUUAGCCACAACUGUAGACACCAUACAUUCUUAAAGGGCACAUUGUUUCAGUUGACAUGCCUGGACACAGCAGUCAAGGGGAAAUAAAUACAGUUCAUCAAAUUCCAGUUGGAAGAAUUGCAGAUGUUACCUGGGUAAAUGCCUGUCUCAAAACUAAGUGUUUUUUUCUUUUUUCUUUUUUGUUUUUUUGUGCUGUAGGGUAUGGCUUUUCCUUACAGAAGCCAGCUAGCAUCUACCCUUUGCAGCCCUUUAAAGUGGGUACAGACAAUACAGACAGCACUAAGGCAGCACAUUUUCACACACCUUUGAGUAAAAUGUGGCGAGGCUAAAUUACAACCUGUUAAUGUUUUAAGUAUUGGGUUCUUGAUAUUUUUUUCUUUUUUUCCCGCUUUUGCCAAGCGUAGUCCUGCUCUCUCUCUUUCUCUCUCUUGCUUUCUCACUCCUUCUCUCUCCUUCAUUCUCUUUUUCUGCCCUAAUUACAGGACCCCAUUGGUCAGCCAGCUGGGAUGGCAGGAACCAAUGGCAGUGUGGCCAGCAGCGUUCCCAAACCAUGUGAUGCACCUUUUGCUUUUAAUUAUCAAGGUGCCUCUUAAAGCCUUGCCGACCCUCGGCAGUAGCACAGACUGUCCCGCGGGGAGUUCAGAGGCAAGGUGUGCAAGGCUCCAGACGCUCCCCCCUCCCCAGCGCUCUAACCUCGAGGCCUGCGGGUUCCUUUAGGCGUACCCUUACCCUCCCACAGGUCCCAGGAAAGGAGAGGUUCACAAGUCCAAGCUGACACCACAGUAGGAAUCAAAGAACAUGGCCCGUGCUGGAGAACCAUCUUUCUCUUUAAUUUUCGCGGGAGUGCUGCUCGUAACGGCGUCAUUACCUGACUUUCUUGGUGCCGGUCCAGUGGGACAGCGACAAAAAGGAGAUGCAGGAGAAACAAUGCUUGUUCGUCACAAGAGGAACAUCAGUUGGUACAAGCAGCACUCUGACUUCUGGAACUGGUACAAAUACUUCACUGACACAGGCAACUCAAAGGGAGUAGAGGAGCUGGACCGCGUUUACCUUACGUACCUGCAGAACAAAAACCGGGCGGAGGGACGUCGCUCCUACAAACUGUACCUGCGCCACCUGGGGGACAUCUACAAGUCAUGCGCUGAGUCAGAUGACCCCGACUGUGUGGCCUCCUACACCAGCAGGCCUAAGCCUACGCCAAAACCUGAGCCCCCCAAGCCGGCCCCCAUAAAAAUGUGUGACCCAUACAGGGACCCCUAUUGCCUAUUCUCCAUGAUGUACCCCAAGGCCUCCAUCAGGGCCCCUGCCCCGAUCAAAGCCCCCGCCCCGGUCAAAGCCCCCGCCCCUAUCCUUGCCCCCGUGGUGCCUGCCAGGUCUCCUGCAUCGGGCUACUACUACUAUGCCCCAAUACCGAAGCCCUUCCUGUCAGCCCAGCAGAAGGCGGAGCUUCUGCGUAUCUGCGAUACCAAAGACGUGGAGUGCCUGCAGUACCACCUGCGUGCUGCCUAUGGCUACACACCAUCUGCUGGCCCCGCCCCAUCCUAUGCGCACCUGGGCUGUGACCCCAAGAAGGACCCGAACUGCACACCACAGCUGGUGCAAAAGGCCCCGUCUGGCAUGUUCUACCGCUACCCAACCUGUGACCCAACGACUGACCCUUACUGCCUAAUGAGAAUGCACCAGGCUGCCCAGAAUCAGCAGCCAGCAGCACCCCCUGCUGGUCUCAAGCGGCCCUGCAACCCACUCCUGGACAAAAACUGCAACCCGUUGACUGCGACGCGACUCGUCGACCUCAGCCAGUACAUGCAGACGCAGGAGAAGGAGAAGCAGCAGGACCCUCAGGACGAGCCGGCGCCUGCCUACAGCGCUGCCUGCGACCCCCGUUACGACCCCUACUGCCAGUACCGCGCUGCCGCCGCUGCCAUGAUGAGACGGCCCCCGGCCCCAGCCCCGCCCCCGGCUGAGGAGCCGCUCGUCCACCCCCGCCUGGGAGUGAGAGGGAAGACGAAGGAGGGCUACGACUGCUACAUGGGCUACGAUGAGGAGUGCCUCCCGCUGCCCAGGCGGAGGGCCACAGAGAGCCGGCCGAGCGCCAGGGGGUUCGGGUUCGGCUUCGGGGUCCGUCCAGAGGAGCCCUACGAGCCGCACCUUAAUACUGAUGGCACCAGGAACGGGGUGAUCGAACCUGACCCUGACUGCGACCCCGAGUACGACUCCAACUGCCGUCUGCGCCGCUACGAGGCCCCUGCCGAGCCCCAACCCGCCGCCCCCGCCGAAGAGGAGAGGCCCCAGGAGCAACAGAUGACAGAGGAGCACGAAGAUGAGCCAGACCACCAUGAGGAGCUUCAACACCAGGAGGAGCCUUACCAGGAGGAGCCACACCACCAAGAGGAUCCUUACGGCCAGGCACCUGGAUAUGAGCAGCACCACUACGAGCAGCAGCCUGAGGCCCCUUCCUACGACCAGCAGCAUUAUGAGCCCUACCAGAGUGGCCAGGAAGACCCGUACGCCAGCUACAGCCCCCAGGACCAGCCAGGCUCACAGCCUGAUGGCCUGGGAGGAUAUGGCGACCAGUACCCCGGCUAUGAUGAUGGCCAAGAUCACCGCUCUUACACUGGAGAGUACCGGAAGAAGUAAUGAUUCACACGCCAUCAAACAAUAAGAAAUCAGAGAACCACAUAAUAAAUACAAUACAGACACACACACAUUUGUAUGUACACAUGCAAAUACACACAAACACACACACACACACACACAUACAUUCAUGCCACAGUCAAUGCUGCACAAGACAAGCAAGGAAGCCUGGAGUCUGAUAACUUUCUUGGGGGAGUUAGUCUGCUCAUUGACAUGAAAGUUAAUGAUAGCUGUUUGAUAUGUGUCUGUCAGGGAGAUGGGACACCUCAUGCAAGGAACAUUCCGGAGAUUUUCACAGAUAACGGGGUAAAAACCACAUGCACAUUAGAAACCAUGCCCUACCAUGCCAUAGAGUGUAUUCUUGCAAUGUAAAAAUAUGGGUAGUGUACUGGAACAUGGUUUUAACUGGGGUCACUCUCUGCUUGGCAGUUGCUUUCCCCCAACUUUUUUUAGUUUUCCUCUUUUUCUGUCUUAAUUCUGCAGCUCACCUGGAAUAUUUAACUGAUAAUUUACAGCUUGCUUAACUGUGCAUUUCCAUAUUUCAAACCUUUUUUGUUUGUGUUGAUUAUGAUGUACAUGUAAGAUUUGUCUUUUUUAUUGUUUCAAAUAAAAAGCUUUAAAAAUGUGA